AUGUGGCCAGACAGAGGAGCUGCUGGCCAGGGAGGCCCAGUUGCCUCUGCGUCCACCAGCAGCCUGCCAUAUUCUCCGGCACGACGGCAGUCGCAGCUGUCGUCUGCUAAUAAGACGGGACGACCGUCAUUUAGCCCUAGGUCCUCCUCGCUGUCGUUCUCUCCCACCCCGAACGCCUCCACUACCUCCCUACCCGGCACCGCUCGAGCCGUAAAUGGACUCUCAAGGCUGCCUCCUUCAGGCAUGAGGAAUCAAAGCUACCCUGACCCGGUGGAUGUUUUAAAUGGCAUCAUUGGCCAGCGACAUCCCAACUCUACCUCCGAUUAUGUGACAGCCUCGCCGCCAGAGAAGCCAGAAGUCCUUUGUGAGAACAUCGAUUUUGGUGACCUCAGCUUAGAGGAGUUCGCCCACCGGAUGGAGACGCAGCCUGCGCGCCGGAGCUGCCGUCAGGGACCACAAUCUUUUGAACAGUAUGAGAAUGAUCGGAAUGUAUAUGAAGAACUUCACAAUUCGAUCACAGGAUGCGACGAAGUACUGAAAUCGGUUGAAUUAUACCUCACGAAGUUUCAGGCUGAGCUAGGGGCUAUAUCCUCAAAGAUUGAGUCCCUGCAGUCCCGUUCAUUCCGACUAAGUUCACAGCUCGAAAAUAGGAAGAAUGUUGAACGAAUCUUGGGGCCGUCCGUUGAGAAAAUAAGUGUAUCACCACAUACUGUCCGAUCCAUAUCAGAUCGUCCCAUCGACCAAGAGUGGGUCAAGGCUCUGAACGAGCUCGAUGCACUCUCUUCUACGAUCAAUGCGGACAACUCUACCCCAGAAAAUAUUAAGGCCAUCGAAGAUGUCAGGCCCUUGCUGAAAAAUUUGCAAGAAAAGGCUGUGGAGCGGAUUCGGGACUUCCUUGUUACUCAAAUAAAAGCCAUUCGAUCUCCGAAUAUGAAUGCUCAGGUUAUUCAGCAACAGACAUUGCUGAAGUACAAAGAUCUAUACGCCUAUCUCUCAACCCACCACCCGACAUUAUCCGAGGAGAUUACCCAGGCAUAUGUCAAUACCAUGAGGUGGUAUUACUUAUCAAAUUUCACUCGGUAUUCCCAAGCUUUGGACAAAUUGAAGCUUUAUUCAAUUGAUCGAAAUGAUCUCCUUGGAGGCGACACAUCUUCACAGAGAACAGCACAUGGUAGCUCUGGUAGCCGUAGUCCUGCGCUUGCUGCUCAUGACCCCCUUGCCCUGGGUCGGCGCAUGGACAUACUGAGAUCAAAUUCCCACAUGGCACUCUCGUCUUACUUGGCAGAGGAAGACAAAGCGACACAUGGGCUGGAGAUUAUCUUCCGAAAUUUCAACCUGGCACUGAUUGAUAAUAUCUCUGCCGAGUAUUCGUUUAUGGCUGAGAUGUUUUCUGCGAAGUCAAUACACUACACCUCACAGAAAGUGACCGAAAUCUUCGAACCUACAUUUGCAUCUGGACAAGCUCUAACAAAACAACUUAUUGAGUCUACUACCGAUUGUAUUGGUAUUCUUCUUUGCGUCAGAUUGAAUCAGCAGUUUGCAUUUGAAAUGCAACGCCGAAAGGUCCCAGUGGCAGACCCUUACAUCAACGGCAUCAACAUGCAGCUGUGGCCACGGUUCCAGAUGAUCAUGGACAUGCAUUUUGAAUCACUAAAGAGGAUAUCAACGGCCUCUACCCGAAGCGGCCUUUCAGUCCUAGCGUUGACGUCAACAGAUGCCCAAUCGUCCGCUCCACACUUCCUUACGCAGAGAUUCGGCCAGUUUCUGCAUAGUAUAUUAACCUUAUGCAAUGAAGCUGGUGACGAUGAGCCGAUUUUCAACAGCCUAGGCAGACUGGUGAAUGAAUUCGACGCACUACUUACCAAGCUAAGCAAGAGCAGCGGUGACGCUAAGAGAAGAGAACGUUUCCUCUUCAACAAUUAUUCAUUAAUUCUUACUAUUAUCAGUGAUACGAAAGGAAAACUGGCAACCGACCAGAAAGAGCACUUCGAAUCUUUUGUCAGAGGAUCAGCUAGUCGUCGGUAA